UGAAGGGUCGGCUAUUUUAUUCACCUUUUACUUUAGCACCCCGAAAAAAAGGGGGUGUAUGUCAAUUCAAAACAACCAACCUGCAAAGGUACCUUUGGCACAGUGACGAAGCAGUAAAGCAACUGAUAGCAGAGAUGAAAAGGACCCAACCCUUACUUCCAUUUCCUGUGCCGUAGUGACGUGUAGUUACCGGGACGCAGACCAUGUGACCCAGGUGACUCCUUCUGAUUGGAGAAAUAGCCGUCGCUCCCUCAGUGCGCAGAGACGGAGCCUACGCAGAAAAGUGGAUAGGGGCGAGACCAAGUAUUUUCUUUGACCAACCGCUUUUCACGAAUCCAGCGCGGAUAGUCCAAUCCAAAUCCGCUAGUAAAGUAGUGACACCAAUUCUCCUUUCUCGUAGGACGGGCGGUCUUUCCGGUUCUUUUUUUCCUUUAUUCCGCUUCCGGUGGGGGCUGGUAAGGUGUAGGAACUCUGCGAGUCACUUCUGGGCGACUCAUUUUUAUUUCCGGUCUAUGGGACGAAGCUGGGAUUUGCCGUUGCCUGUAGCAGCUGCCGGCACCGACGCCGCCAUCAUGUCAGACACAGACAGCGAUGAAGAUUCCGCUGGAGGCGGCCCAUUUUCUUUAACCGGUUUCCUUUUCGGCAACAUCAAUGGAGCCGGGCAGCUGGAGGGGGAAAGCGUGUUGGACGAUGAGUGUAAGAAGCACUUGGCAGGCUUGGGGGCUUUGGGUCUGGGCAGCCUGAUCACUGAACUCACAGCAAAUGAAGAAUUGACUGGGACUGAUGGUGCCCUGGUAAAUGAUGAAGGAUGGAUCAGGAGUACAGAAGAUGCUGUGGACUAUUCAGACAUCAAUGAGGUAGCAGAAGAUGAAAGCCGAAGAUAUCAACAGACAAUGGGGAGCUUGCAGCCCCUGUGCCACUCAGAUUAUGAUGAGGAUGACUAUGAUGCUGAUUGUGAAGACAUUGAUUGCAAGUUGAUGCCUCCUCCACCUCCACCCCCAGGACCCAUGAAGAAAGAUAAGGACCAGGAUGCUAUUACUGGUGGGUACCAGGUACAAGUGUCUGAGGAUGGAGAAGGCAUCAUCUUGCCCUCCAUCAUUGCCCCUUCCUCUUUGGCCUCAGAGAAAGUGGACUUCAGUAGUUCCUCUGACUCAGAAUCUGAGAUGGGACCUCAGGAAGCAACACGGGCAGAAUCUGAGGAUGGGAAGCUGACCCUACCAUUGGCUGGGAUUAUGCAGCAUGAUGCCACCAAGCUGUUGCCGAGUGUCACAGAACUUUUCCCAGAAUUUCGUCCUGGGAAGGUAUUACGCUUCCUACGUCUUUUCGGACCAGGGAAGAAUGUCCCAUCUGUUUGGCGGAGUGCUCGGAGAAAGAGGAAGAAGAAGCACCGUGAGCUAAUACAGGAAGAGCAGAUCCAGGAGGUGGAGUGCUCCGUAGAAUCAGAAGUCAACCAGAAGUCUUUGUGGAACUAUGACUACGCUCCACCACCACCUCCAGAGCAGUGUCUCUCUGAUGAUGAAAUCACAAUGAUGGCUCCUGUGGAGUCCAAGUUUUCCCAAUCAACUGGAGAUAUAGAUAAAGUGACAGACACCAAACCGAGAGUGGCUGAGUGGCGUUAUGGGCCUGCCCGACUGUGGUAUGAUAUGCUGGGUGUUCCUGAAGAUGGCAGUGGGUUUGACUAUGGGUUCAAACUGAGGAAGAUGGAACAUGAACCUGUGACAAAAUGUAGAAUGAUAGAGGACUUCAGGAAACUUGAGGAAAGCAGUGGCACUGAUCUCCUGGCUGAUGAAAACUUCCUGAUGGUGACACAGCUGCACUGGGAGGAUGAUAUCAUCUGGGAUGGGGAGGAUGUCAAACACAAAGGGACAAAACCUCAGCGUGCAAGCCUGGCAGGCUGGCUUCCUUCUAGCAUGACUAGGAAUGCCAUGGCUUACAAUGUUCAGCAAGGUUUUGCAGCAACUCUGGAUGAUGACAAGCCUUGGUACUCCAUUUUUCCCAUUGACAAUGAGGAGCUGGUAUAUGGACGCUGGGAGGACAACAUCAUUUGGGAUGCUCAGGCCAUGCCCCGGCUGUUGGAGCCUCCUGUUUUAACACUUGAUCCCAAUGAUGAGAACCUCAUUUUGGAAAUUCCGGAUGAGAAGGAAGAGGCUACUUCUAACUCCCCCUCCAAGGAGAGUAAGAAGGAGUCAUCUCUGAAGAAGAGUCGAAUUCUCUUGGGGAAAACAGGAGUCAUCAAGGAGGAACCACAGCAGAACAUGUCUCAGCCAGAAGUGAAAGAUCCAUGGAACCUCUCGAAUGAUGAAUAUUACUACCCUAAGCAACAAGGUCUUCGAGGCACCUUUGGAGGAAAUAUUAUCCAGCACUCAAUUCCUGCUGUGGAAUUACGUCAGCCUUUCUUUCCUACCCACAUGGGGCCCAUCAAACUCCGGCAGUUCCAUCGCCCACCUCUAAAGAAGUACUCUUUUGGGGCACUAUCUCAGCCAGGUCCCCAUUCAGUCCAGCCCUUGCUAAAGCACAUCAAAAAGAAGGCUAAGAUGAGAGAACAAGAGAGGCAAGCUUCAGGUGGUGGAGAGAUGUUUUUUAUGCGCACACCUCAGGAUCUUACAGGCAAAGAUGGAGAUCUUAUUCUUGCGGAAUAUAGUGAGGAAAAUGGACCAUUAAUGAUGCAGGUUGGCAUGGCAACCAAGAUAAAAAACUACUAUAAGCGGAAACCUGGAAAAGAUCCCGGAGCCCCAGAUUGUAAAUAUGGAGAAACUGUUUACUGCCAUACAUCUCCUUUCCUAGGCUCACUCCAUCCUGGCCAAUUACUGCAGGCAUUUGAGAACAACCUUUUUCGUGCUCCAAUUUAUCUUCAUAAGAUGCCAGAAACUGACUUCCUUAUCAUUCGCACUAGACAAGGUUACUAUAUUCGGGAAUUAGUGGAUAUUUUUGUGGUUGGCCAGCAGUGCCCCUUGUUUGAAGUUCCUGGGCCCAACUCCAAAAGAGCCAAUACACAUAUUCGAGACUUUCUCCAGGUUUUUAUUUACCGCCUGUUCUGGAAGAGUAAAGAUCGGCCACGGCGUAUUCGAAUGGAAGAUAUAAAAAAAGCCUUUCCUUCCCAUUCAGAAAGCAGCAUCCGGAAGAGGCUAAAGCUCUGUGCUGACUUCAAGCGCACAGGGAUGGACUCAAACUGGUGGGUGCUAAAGUCAGAUUUUCGUUUGCCAACUGAAGAGGAGAUCAGAGCCAUGGUGUCUCCAGAGCAGUGCUGUGCUUAUUACAGCAUGAUAGCCGCAGAGCAGCGAUUGAAGGAUGCUGGCUAUGGUGAGAAGUCCUUUUUUGCUCCAGAAGAGGAAAACGAGGAAGAUUUCCAGAUGAAGAUUGAUGAUGAGGUUCGCACUGCUCCUUGGAACACCACAAGGGCUUUCAUUGCUGCCAUGAAGGGCAAGUGUCUCCUGGAGGUGACUGGGGUGGCAGAUCCCACAGGGUGUGGUGAAGGAUUCUCCUAUGUGAAGAUUCCAAACAAACCAACACAGCAGAAGGAUGAUAAGGAGCCUCAGCCAGUGAAGAAGACAGUGACAGGAACAGAUGCAGACCUCCGUCGCCUUUCCCUGAAAAAUGCCAAGCAACUUUUGCGUAAAUUUGGUGUGCCUGAGGAAGAGAUUAAAAAGUUGUCCCGCUGGGAAGUGAUAGAUGUAGUACGGACAAUGUCAACAGAACAGGCCCGCUCUGGAGAGGGGCCCAUGAGUAAAUUUGCCCGUGGAUCAAGGUUUUCUGUGGCUGAGCAUCAAGAGCGUUACAAAGAAGAAUGUCAGCGCAUCUUUGACCUACAGAACAAAGUUUUGUCGUCAACUGAAGUUUUAUCAACUGACACAGACAGCAGCUCAGCUGAAGACAGUGACUUUGAGGAAAUGGGAAAGAACAUUGAAAAUAUGUUGCAGAAUAAGAAAACCAGUUCUCAGCUGUCACGUGAACGGGAGGAGCAGGAGCGGAAGGAACUGCAACGGAUGCUACUGGCAGCAGGCUCAGCAGCAUCAGGAAACAAUCACAGAGAUGAUGACACAGCUUCUGUGACUAGCCUUAACUCUUCUGCCACUGGCCGUUGUCUCAAGAUUUAUCGCACAUUUCGAGAUGAAGAGGGGAAAGAAUAUGUUCGGUGUGAGACAGUCCGAAAGCCAGCUGUCAUUGAUGCCUAUGUACGCAUACGGACCACAAAAGAUGAGGAGUUCAUUCGAAAAUUUGCCCUUUUUGAUGAACAGCAUCGAGAAGAGAUGCGAAAAGAACGGAGGAGGAUUCAAGAGCAAUUGAGGCGGCUUAAGCGGAACCAGGAAAAAGAAAAACUUAAAGGUCCUCCUGAGAAGAAGCCCAAAAAAAUGAAGGAGCGUCCUGAUCUAAAACUGAAAUGUGGGGCUUGUGGUGCCAUUGGGCACAUGAGAACAAAUAAAUUCUGCCCCCUUUAUUAUCAAACAAAUGCUCCACCUUCCAACCCUGUUGCAAUGACAGAGGAGCAGGAGGAGGAGUUGGAAAAGACAGUCAUUCAUAAUGAUAAUGAAGAACUUAUCAAGGUUGAAGGGACCAAGAUUGUCUUGGGGAAACAGCUAAUUGAGAGUGCAGAUGAAGUUCGCAGAAAAUCUCUGGUUCUCAAGUUCCCUAAGCAGCAACUUCCUCCCAAGAAGAAACGGCGAGUUGGAACCACUGUUCACUGUGACUAUUUGAAUAGACCUCAUAAGUCCAUCCACCGGCGCCGGACAGACCCCAUGGUGACAUUGUCAUCCAUCUUGGAGUCUAUCAUCAAUGACAUGAGAGAUCUUCCAAAUACAUACCCUUUCCACACUCCAGUCAAUGCAAAGGUUGUAAAGGACUACUACAAAAUCAUCACCCGACCAAUGGACUUACAAACGCUCCGUGAAAAUGUGCGUAAACGCCUCUACCCAUCUCGGGAAGAAUUCAGAGAGCAUUUGGAGCUAAUUGUGAAAAAUAGUGCAACUUACAAUGGGCCAAAGCACUCAUUGACCCAGAUAUCUCAGUCCAUGCUGGAUCUCUGUGAUGAAAAACUUAAAGAGAAAGAAGACAAAUUGGCUCGUUUAGAGAAGGCUAUCAACCCCUUGCUGGAUGAUGAUGACCAAGUGGCAUUUUCUUUCAUUCUGGACAACAUUGUCACCCAGAAAAUGAUGGCAGUUCCAGAUUCUUGGCCAUUUCAUCACCCAGUUAAUAAGAAGUUUGUUCCAGAUUAUUACAAAGUGAUUGUCAGUCCAAUGGAUUUAGAGACCAUACGUAAGAAUAUCUCCAAGCACAAGUAUCAGAGUCGAGAGAGCUUUCUAGACGAUGUCAACCUUAUUCUGGCCAACAGUGUUAAAUACAAUGGGCCUGAAAGUCAGUAUACUAAGACUGCUCAGGAGAUUGUGAAUGUCUGUUACCAGACAUUGACUGAGUAUGAUGAGCAUUUGACUCAACUUGAGAAGGAUAUUUGUACAGCUAAAGAAGCAGCUUUGGAGGAAGCAGAAUUAGAAAGCUUGGACCCAAUGACCCCAGGGCCCUACACACCUCAGCCUCCUGAUUUGUAUGAUACCAACACAUCCCUCAGUAUGUCUCGAGAUGCCUCUGUAUUUCAAGAUGAGAGCAAUAUGUCUGUCCUGGAUAUUCCCACUGCCACUCCAGAAAAGCAGGUGACACAGAUGCGCCAGGGCCGAGGUAGGCUGGGCGAGGAAGACUCUGAUGUAGAUAUUGAAGGGUAUGAUGAUGAGGAGGAGGAUGGGAAACCUAAGACUCCAGCCCCAGAGGGUGAAGAUGCAGAUGGUGAUCUUGCAGAUGAAGAAGGAACUGUGCAACAGCCUCAAGCCAGUGUCCUGUAUGAGGAUUUGCUUAUGUCCGAAGGAGAAGAUGAUGAGGAAGAUGCUGGGAGUGACGAAGAAGGAGAUAACCCUUUCUCUGUUAUGGGAGCUAUGAGGAGCCUGAUCCCAAGUCGAACACCCAAGACACCAGCUUCAGCAGCAUCGGUGGGUAUGAGGUAUCAGAGGAGGAAGAAGAUGAGGAGGAGGAAGAGCAGCGCUCUGGGCCGAGUGUACUAAGCCAGGUCCACCUGUCAGAGGACGAGGAGGACAGUGAGGAUUUCCACUCCAUUGCUGGGGACAGUGACUUGGACUCUGAUGAAUGAGGCUUCCGUUGGGCCUCCUUGGUCAGCCUUCCCUGUUCUCCAGCCUAGUGGUUCACUUUCUCCCCUCUCCCCAUUUGUUUAUAUUUGUACAGUGUCUGAUCCUGAAAUCACCAGAAAAACUAACACCUUAGGCUUUAAAAAAAUAGUGCGUAAAUGAUAAUAAAUCGCCUCUCCUGAUCAUCCUGGGGCAAUGCCACCCUUUGAUUUAAAAGGAAGCAACCCCCUUCCCUCACCACUAAGAAAAAGAGAGCAAUCCCCUCCCUCCCCAGUGCCCUCCUUUAACUUCCUUUGUUGCUCUUGGUAACAUUUUUUUUUUUUCCUGUGGAAGGAGGAGAAAUUAUGAAAAAACUAAUAACUUUAUGUCCUCUUGAUGUAUUAGAAAAUUUCCAAACAUGGUAUCAUCUCAGUUUUCUAAUUUGCAGGUUGGAACAGGUGACAGUCCCCUGCUGGGACAGAGAAUUGGGUUCUGAUAGACUCUGUGCCACACUAAAAACAUAAACCUGGUGGACAAACCACCCAUUGUUUUAUUUAUUUAUUUGAUAAUACAAUGCCUUGUUCCUAAAUGGAUUGGAGGCAAAUGACUCUAAAUUUUUGAAACAGCCUAUAUAUCAGAAAUGAUAUGUUGCCAUGUAAAUGUGUUCUGUCCCUUCCCCCCCCCCCCAGGGAAAUGGUAGGGGAAUGGUAAGUUCUUUAGGGCAAAGACUGUGUCUUCUGUUUUCUUUUUAUGAUUAGGCUAUGGUUCUGUGCAGAGUAGGUACUCAGCGAAUGUUUCUGGAAUCAUAACAUUCUCAACAGAUUUGUUAUUGAGCAUCUGCUUCAUGAUAAGUACUCUGUCAGAUCCUUGGGAUGCAAAAUUAAAUAAGACACAUUCCUUUUACCCAAAGAUCUCACCAUCAAGUUGGGGGAGGGGGAGUGGAAUUCAAAACAUGUUAAUAAAUCAUUACAGUACUGUGAGAUAAAUGCAAUUAAGAAGUUUAGAUAUAAAGUAUAGGGGAAAAUAGAGGAGCGAUCAUGUCUGAAAAAGUCAGGGAAGUCUUCUUGGAGGUAAUUUUUAAGCUGAUGGUUGAAGAAUUAAGUAGUAGGAGCUUGCCAGAGGAAAAGUCCAGGCAGAGUGUAACAUGAAGUGAAAAGGCCGAACUCUAGAAAUGGCAGAGUGUGUUCCUAGUUUGUUUGUUUGUUUGUUUGUACCUGCCUUGUUCCAGAAAGGAUUUAAGAUGGUUUAUGUUCCAGUCUUUCAAUGCUGGAAUGGCUAGAGAUGAGACUGAAAGAUGGACAGGAAGUAUAUCAUCAAGAGCUUUGAAUUUGAUGCUAAUAAUACGUGUGAAUUUUAUAUUAUGAGAAAUGAGGCGCUCUGGUGGCCUGAUAUAAUCAGAUUUAUGUUUUAGAAUUUUUCUGUAUAUUGAAUGAAGAAAAAGAAUUGAAUCAUAUGUAACAAGUGUGAUCCCAUUUUUUGUAAAUGACAAAACCAUGUGUGUAUAUUUAUAUGUGUUUAUAUAUACUUGUAUAUGCAAAGGAAAAGGUCUGAAAGGAUAUACGCAAAACUGUUCACAGUGAUGACCUCUGGGGAAUGGGCUUGGAGGGGAGGGAGCUAUAUGCUUGUUUGUAUGCUGGGUGGGCAUUGUGCUUUUAUUUCUGCAUUGUUUGAAUUUUUUAUA